UGUAUGGUUAUACCAAACCACAUUAGAUUCUCUUGUCCGCAUAUAAUUCCACCCCACACACACCCUCUUAACUACAUUUCAAAGAACAUAACUCUGAUCUUUCUUUCUUUUUUUUUGUUUUUGACUUGGAACAAUCAUUUGCCACCUCUCUGUUUCUCUAAAUCCCUCAGAUCUCACUGCAAAAGAAGAAGAAAAAAAAACAAGAAAACAAGAAUGGCUAUAACAUCAUCAAUGAAGAACCUCUUGAAAAUCCCAUUCUUAUUCUCCUUCUUCCUUAUACUACUCUUCGUUACAUUCAUCCUCAUUAACAACUCACAAAAAUCCCCUGUUUUUUCCACCACCGACAUUUCUCAGCACGUUUCUACAACAUCUCAUGAUGAUCACAUAUCGAACAAUAAGAAGAAUGAUGAGGUGGGUGUUGAGAAUCUUGAUGGGAAAAUGCGUCAGCAAAAUGAUUUAGAAUCGAAUAACACGAAGAAUGAUGAGGUGGGUGUUGAGAAUCUUGAUGAGAAAAUGCCUCAGAAAAAUGAUUUAGAAUCGAAUGGCACGAAGAAUGACGAGGUGGGUGUUGAGAAUCUUGAUGAGAAAAUGUCUCACCAAGAUUCUGCAACCCCAUUUGUUCCCGUAGGUGUUAAUUCAACGACAAAGUCGAAUGAUGAGUUGGGUGUUGAGAAUCUUUAUUGGAAGUUGUGUAAGGGUGUAGUUGCAGUUGAUUAUAUACCUUGUCUUGAUAAUUACGAAGCUAUAAAGGCGUUGAAAUCGAGGAGGCAUAUGGAGCAUAGAGAGAGGCAUUGUCCUAAACCAAGUCCAAGGUGUUUGAUUCCAUUGCCUGAUGGGUAUAAAGUUCCAGUUCCAUGGCCUAAGAGUAGGGAUAUGAUUUGGUACAACAACGUUCCCCAUCCCAAGCUUGUGGAAUAUAAGAAGGACCAGAAUUGGGUGGUCAAAUCUGGUGAUUAUCUUGUUUUUCCUGGUGGUGGAACACAAUUCAAGGAUGGAGUUACUAACUAUAUCGAGUCCAUUCAAAAGACUUUUCCAGAAAUUGAAUGGGGAAAGAAUAUAAGAGUCAUUUUAGACGUUGGCUGCGGUGUUGCUAGCUUUGGUGGGUAUUUGCUAGAUAAAAAUGUCACUACCAUGUCACUUGCACCCAAGGAUGAACAUGAGGCUCAGAUACAGUUUGCACUGGAACGUGGAAUCCCCGCUACUCUCUCAGUUAUUGGAACUCAAAAGCUGGCAUUUCCAGAUAAUGCAUAUGAUAUGAUUCAUUGUGCAAGAUGCAGGGUUCAUUGGGAUGGAGAUGGAGGAAAACCAUUGAUGGAACUAAACAGGAUGCUUAGGCCUGGAGGGUUUUUCGUGUGGUCAGCAACGCCUGUUUAUCGGGAUGACGAAAGAGAUAAGAAAGUCUGGAAAGCUAUGGUUGCACUAACUGAAGCAAUAUGCUGGAAGAUGGUGAAGAAGACCUUUUUUGACUCAGCUGGAAUCGGGCUAGUUAUAUAUCAGAAGCCGGUUUCAUCCUCCUGCUAUGAGAACCGGAGAGAAAAUAAUCCACCUCUAUGUGACCAGAACAAUAGAUCAAAUAGUUCGUGGUAUACAUCUCUGGACAGCUGUCUUGUACCACUCCCCACGAGCAGCACUGGCAAUACAUAUGAGUGGCCUGCACCCUGGCCCCAGAGGCUCAAUAAUAAACCUGAACGCUUAUCCCAAAUAACAGAUGCUGAAGAUGUUUUCGACGAGGACACAAAACAUUGGGCAGCGUUGGUCUCGGAUGUUUACCUUGGAGGCCUGGGUAUAAAUUGGUCAAGCGUGAGGAACGUGAUGGACAUGAAUGCUGGUUAUGGAGGGUUUGCCUCAGCAAUCAUUGAUCGACCCUUAUGGGUAAUGAACGUUGUUCCCAUUAGUGGGCCAGAUACUCUCUCCAUUAUCUUUGACAGAGGGCUGAUUGGUAUAUACCACGACUGGUGCGAGUCCUUCAAUACUUAUCCUCGGACAUAUGAUCUUCUACAUUCCAGCUUCCUCUUUGGAAAUUUAACUCAAAGAUACGACAUGGUGGAAGUAGUUGCUGAGAUUGAAAGAAUAGUAAGACCAGGUGGAUAUGUUUUAGUUCAGGACACAAUGCCAGUGCUUAACAAGCUCAGCUCAAUUCUACAAUCACUUCGUUGGUCAGUAACUGUACAGCAACAGCAGUUUCUUGUUGGUAAAAAGGGCUUUUGGCGUCCAGAUGAGAAAGCCUGAUAUGAAAUUCUGAGCUUGUUUUCGAGAAAAUAAGAUCUCUUGCCUUCUAUUUUCCUUGUAUAUUUAUUUAUAUAUUACACCUAUUUAUUUCUUCUAUAUCUACAAAAGGUAAAAAAAGAACAUAGUUCUCAAAUUAAAGCAAAUUUUGUUCUUAUGGA